UUGCCAAUAAAGUUGUUUUGGAAGAAAUGGCGGUGUGGACGCCGCUGUCCGUCAGGAUGUCCCCGUCAGCCUCUCUGGGCUGCACUUGGCUCCGGAGAGAGCGACCAUUCCCCAAAAAGCUUCUGAAAACUUGGACGGGCUUUUCUGGACGAGGCUACGCCGUGGAAGCCCCACGUGAGGCGGCCCCGGCGGAGGUGGAUACGGGGGCUGUGACUGCCGCCGGCUUCAGCGGGCCCCUGGACCACUACAGCGGGCUGAUCCGGGAGGGCACCCUGCGGGAGGACGAGCAUCAGAGGGCAGUGAUGCUCAGACUGGACCAGCUGCAUAGAACCCUGCGAGGAUACAGCAACACACCCACGUCCAUCUUCCAAAAAUUUUUCACCAAGUCCAAACCUCCAAAGGGUUACUAUAUUUACGGCGACGUCGGCACGGGGAAAACGAUGGUGAUGGACAUGUUUUACUCACACGUGGAGACGGAGAAGAAGAAGAGGGUGCACUUCCACGGCUUCAUGCUGGAUGUGCAUAAACGAAUCCAUCGACUGAAGCAGAGUCUGCCCAAAAGGAAAGUGGGCAAAAUGGCCAAGUCUUACGACCCCAUCGCGCCGGUCGCCGAGGAGAUCAGCGAGGAAGCCGGCCUGCUCUGCUUUGACGAGUUCCAGGUCACCGACAUCGCCGACGCCAUGAUCCUCAAGCAGCUCUUUGAGAACCUCUUCCUGAACGGCGUGGUCGUCGUGGCGACGUCCAACAGGCCCCCUGAAGACUUGUAUAAAAACGGGCUGCAGAGGGUCAACUUUGUUCCUUUUAUUGCUGUAUUGCAGAAAUAUUGCCAAACUCUUCGUCUGGAUUCGGGCAUCGACUACCGCAGGAGGAACAGGCCCUCCGCGGGGAAACUUUACUUCCUAUCCAGCGAGGCCCACGCAGAAGCCACGCUGGAUCAAAUGUUUGAGCGGCUGGCCUUCAAGCAGAACGACAUAACGCGACCCCGAGUCCUCAACGUCCACAACAGGAAAGUGCGUCUGAGCAAAGCGUGCGGCACCAUUGCAGACUGCACCUUUGAGGAGCUGUGCGACAGACCUCUAGGGGCCAGCGACUACCUGGAGAUGUCGCGUCUGUUCGACACCGUCUUCAUCCGCCACAUUCCGCUCCUGACGCUCAACAAGAAGACUCAAGCCAGGCGACUCAUCACACUGGUGGACGCUUUCUACGACCACAAGGUGUGUGUGGUCCUGCUGGCCCAGCACCCCCUGGAGGAGCUCUUUGUCCACGAUGGGGACCACCACGCCCACGACGAGAGCCACAUCCUCAUGGACGACCUGGGGCUGAAACGAGAAGAAGCCAGCAGCUUGUCCAUCUUCAGCGGAGAAGAGGAGAUGUUUGCCUUCCAGAGAACUGUUUCCAGACUGACGGAGAUGCAGACGGAGGAGUACUGGCUGCAGGGGGACCGCAGCAGCAGGUCCUAACAUCGUCGUGUCGAACGUACACUACUCACUCCCGCUACGUGACGAUACUUGAUGUCGCACGCAAAAGUAUUUAUUGCGAUCAUGACGACCUUGCACUUUACAUGGACAAUCACACCUUUUGGCACUGAGGUCCCACUCUGUUUGGUGCUCUGGGACAUUUAACCCGUAUAUAUAUAUAUAUAACAAGUGUAAAUAUGCAAAAGCCAAAAGCAGUGAAGUCGUCACGUUGUGUAAAUACAAAGAGAAUACAAUGAUUUUCAACUUAUAUUCACUUGAAUAGACUGCAGAAACAAGAUAGUUCAUGUUCCAUUAUUAUUGCAAAUAAUCAUGAACUUAGAAUGGAAUGGCAGCAACACAUGGCAAAAAAAAUCAUUUUUACCAGUGUGUUACAUGACCUUUCCUUCCAACAACACUCAGUAAAGGUUUGGGAACUGAGGAGACACAUUUUUGAAGUGGAAUUAAUUCCCAUUCGUGCUUGAUGUACAGCUUAAGUUGUUCAACAGUCUCCUGCCUCAUAUAUUAGGCUUCAUUUUCAAUGGGAGACAGGCAGGCCAGUCUAGUACCCGCACUAUUUUACUACGAAAGCCACGCUGUUGUAACACGUGGCUUGGCAUUAUCUUGCUGAAAUAAGCAGGGGCGACAAUGAUAACGUUGCUCGGAUGACAACAUAUGUUGCUCCAAAAGCUGUAUGUACCUUUCAGCAUUAAUGGUGCCUUCACAGAUGUGUAAGUUACCCAUGAGCUGGGCACUAAUGCACCCCCAUACCAUCACAUGUGCUGCCUUGUUCUUAAGUAGAACAGUCUAGACAAAAUGACAUCCAUAGUUUCCAAAAAACAAUUUGAAAUGUGGACUCGUCAGACCACAGAACACUUUUCCACUUUGCAUCAGUCCAACUUAGAUGAUCUCGGGCCCAGCGAAGCCGGUGGCGUUUCUAGGUGUUUUUGAUCGAUCAAUCAAUCAAUGUUUAUUUAUAUAGCCCCAAAUCACAAAUGUCUCAAAGGACUGCACAAAUCAUUACAACUAUAACAUCCUCGGAAGAACCCACAAAAGGGCAAGGAAAACUCACAUCCAGUGGGCAGGGAGAAUUCACAUCCAGUGGGACGCCAGUGACAAUGCUGACUAUGAGAAACCUUGGAGAGGACCUCAGAUGUGGGCAACCCCCCUCCUUUAGGGGACCGAAAGCAAUGGAUGUCGAGCGGGUCUAACAUGAUACUGUGAAAGUUCAAUGCAUAGUGGCUCCAACACAGCCGCGAGAGUUCAGUUCAAUGCGGAUCCAAGACAGCAGCGAGAGUCCCGUCCACAGGAAACCAUCCCAAGCGGAGUUGGAUCAGCAGCGUAGAGAUGUCCCCAACCGAUACACAGGCGAGCGGUCCAUCCUGGGUCCCGACGAGCGGUCGAUCCUGGGUCUCGACUCUGGACAGCCAGUACUUCAUCCAUGGUCAUCCGACCGGACCCCCUCCACAAGGGAGGGGGGGACAUAGGAGAAAAAAGAAAAGAAGCGGCAGAUCAACUGGUCUAAAUGGCUUUGGCUUUGCAUAGCAGAGUUUUAACUUGCACUUACAGAUGUAGCGACCAACUCCAUUUAGUGACAGUGGUUUUAUGAGCCCAUGUGGUGAUAUCCUUUAGAGAUUGAUGUCGGUUUUUGAUGCAGUACCGCCUGAAGGAUCCAAGGUGCGUAAUAUCAUGGCUUACGUGCAGUGAUUUCUCCAGAUUCUCUGAACCUUUUGAUGAUAUUACGGAGCGUAGAUGGUGAAAUCCCUAAAUUCCUUGCAAUAGCUGCUUGAGACAUGUUGUUCUUAAACAAUUUGCUCGGACAUUUGUUGACAAAGUGGUGACCUUCACCCCGUCCUUGUUUGUGAACGACUGAGGAUUUCACGGAAGCUGCUUUUAUGCCCAAUCAUGGCACCCACCUGUUCCCAAUUAGCCUGCACACCUGUGGGAUGUUCCAAACAAGCCUUUGACGAGCAUUCCUCAAUUUUCUCAGUCUUUUUUGCCACGUGUCCCAGCUCUUUUGCACCAUGUCGCAGGCAUCAAAUUCCAAAUGAGCUAAUAUUUCCAAAAAAUAACAAAGUUUUCCGGUUCAAACAUGAACUAUCUUGUCUUUUCAGUCUUUUCAAUUGAAUAUAGUAAUUAUAAUAACCAAUGUAUUCUGUUUUUCACCUACUCAGUGGCCUAGUGGUUAGAGUGUCUGCCCUGAGAUGGGUGGGUCGUGAGUUCAAACCCCGGCCGAGUCAUACCAAAGACUAUAAAAAUGGGAGCCAUUACCUCCCUGCUUGGCACUCAGCAUCAAGGCUUGGAAUUGGGGUUAAAUCCCCAAAAAUGAAUCCCGGGCGCGGCCACCGCUGCUGCUCACUGCUCCCCUCACCUCCCAGGGGGUGAACAAGGGUGAUGGGUCAAAUGCAGAGGAUAAUUUCCCACAUCUAGUGUGUGUGUGACAAUCAUUGCUACUUUAACUUUUUACUUAGCAUUUACACAACAUGCCAACUUCACUGCCUUUGGGUUUUGUACAUAUAUAUAUAUAUUUUUUUUUACAUAACAGAUGCACUUCCUGUGAUUAAUGGAACAAAAUGUUUAGUUUUUCCUGCAAAAUGUUUCAUAUUGUUGCCCUACAUUCAGGGUAGACAAACAUUUGUCAUUUUAAAUAUGAUCAAGACUGCCAUACGUAGGUUUUUGAAGUCGUUGGAGGGUAAAAUGUCAUCAAAUUAAAGUUUGCAUUUGACCUCAA